CUAAACAUUUUGUGGUGAGUUUCUAAGAAAAUAACUUGUGACACCCAGCAAUGUUCUUUGUAUGUAGAUGCACAAAUAAUGAUGCUCAUUAUUUUCAGGAUUUCUAUAAUCACUGCUGUUCUUGAAGAUACGGUGCAAACUGCAAACAGUGGACUGCCUGUAUGAGGCCUAUACCGUUGUAAAUUCUGUUCAAAGCCCAGUUUUAGUUGUGGCUGACAACCACUAGUUCACAGCUAUAUUAUACGGCGAGUGAAGUUUUGCGUACGGAUAUCCAAGUUGGAACUCGACGUCUCGAAGCAACUGUCACGACCUUGAUGCAUGAAGCUCAGACUACCAUCAACUUCUACAGUUAUCAGUUUAGAAGGGUGCCGAGGAAAAAAAAAACUGUUCGCAGUCUUCAAAUGAGCUAGACUCUUCCUCAGCCCCUGUGUACAUACUACUGUCUGAUAUAGAAAACGAAAGAGAAAGACCGACAGGGCUAUAGAGUCAAAUCCAAUUUCUAGGGACAUGUCAGGAUGUUGAAUUUAAACUACCCAUGUCUCUGAUGACAAACAGUUGGUUUGCUGUACAUUUAAAAUUCUGAAGCUGAAGGAAUUGUUUCAUGACUGACGAUUCGCAAGGGGUUUAUCACCGUCGUGAAGUGCUCACUCCAAGGGUGCCAAGAUGACAUUUCACGGCAUUGGCUUGCUGGUGUUCUCUACCAUUCUCUGUGAGUCUUUUGUUGCUCCUGCAGGGGUACAUGCUGCGCUGGCAAAGGAGGGCGUCCGAAAAUUGACCAACAGUUUAGAUACCGUCUUUCCUGACGGUGCAAGUUCACAAGAAAGAGUCGGGAGCCUGAGACCAGCCCUUCCUCUACCCGAACUCGAAUCAGACGUGGACCCACACACUCAAGAUGGGGACAAGUUAGUUCACACUCUGCCGUCGGUGGCCAGUCGUGGCGACCGCCUGAUACGGAUGGCCGGUGCAUGGUCGCCAUCAGAAACCAACCGUAGAAAUCAGAAAAACAAGUUGGCCAAGAAUCAGAUGUGGAUUCAAUUUCAACAAGACGAUAGUGAUGACGACGAUGGAUGUUCGAGCAGCAGUAGCUCGUCAGAGAGUUUUGAAAAUCCUCCCGUGUCUUUUGCACGGAGGCGCUUCCCGGGUCGAAAGAGACGCACAUCUGGGAGGCGCAGAGUGAAUGGAAAGUACGGAAGUGAUAGUCGGGCCCCUAACAGAAAGAAGAAGAACCCUUGUAGAAAACAUCAACCAAGGGAAACCACAACCCCGGGAAGGGUACCCACCACUCAAAUGAUCACAUCACCAACCACAAUGACCUCGACAUCAUCAACGACCACGGGGAUGACAGUGACAUCAUCGACCACACAAAUGGCCAUGACAACCCCACCAACAGUGGCGUCUGAGUCCCGGACAGAAGCUCAGUUCAUGACGGCAUCCACGUCUAGUAAACCGACACGAGAACAGACUACACAAACUGAGUCACAACCGACUACUGUCACGUAUCCAUCAACAACAGAACAAGUGAAAACUGUUGGUGUUGUGGAACCCGCAAAGUGACGCAGUCCUUUAGUCUUGAUUGACAACGUUUAUUUUGUUAACACGGUUGCCGAUAUCGCAACACUUAUUACUGGACGGAGAAGAUCUGUAUCACUCCACAACAUCUGCAUGAACGAGCCAGAUUUGUGGAAACAAAUUAAUGCCCAGUCAAAAAAUUCUAUUCUAGACAGAUUUGAGAGCCCAAGAACUACACAGUGCAAACAAAAUGUCGACUUUACGACUUGAGGUAUUGUGGAUGACACGAUGCCCUGAAAUAAAUGGUCAUUUUUAUUUGCCGGGAUAUUUUGUCAAGACCGAUGCUCGGAUGUUUGUAAAUUACACUGGUCUAGUAGUGGGGGGG